GGGCGUAGGACUUACGGGUAGCGCCGUCCUCUGCACUCGAACUAAGGCAGUUUGCCCAGGCCAGGUGUAGGCAGGUGGAGGGUUAGAUGAAGCAGCUCGUUAGGGUUCACAUAUCUGCAGCUUGCGUGCAGGUGUCCACCCGCUCCUGGCUUUGUAGGAUCACGGGGCUGCGGCCGUUUACCCUCCGCCGCAGUGAGUAACAGCGCGUGGAGCGCCAUUGUACCCGUCUGCGUGCACGUGCGCGAGGUCGGGUGAGAGUAACGAAAGAGGCAUGAACCUAGGGAUGGUUUUGACUCUCAUGGUUCUUGCCGAGCUCGGCCUGUGCCAGCAAUGCCCACCCAGCUCAGUGGCCUUCUCCGUCGUUGCAACCCCCAGCUGCUACAGCUACGGACUGUGCUUCAGAGGACGCUACUCCGGCACCCUGGCUUGUCCCUCCAAGACGGCCUUUGACCCCGCGAAGGCGGCUGCACGGUGGAGGCCUACAAUGCGUGUUCCGCGCGUGAAGGCCAAGCACGGACCGAGUUGUCCUGCCCAAUCAAGACCACAGACACGUUCUACCCAGACUACAGUCGAGGAUGUCCAUCGAGUGACUACUUCUUGUGCAAAAAUGGUGUCAUGUCCUUCCUCUCGUGCUCGGGAGGACUCUUCUUUGACGAAGGCACCGACAGGUGCGUGGCGCCCUCAGUCCUGUCAUGUGGGGCUAGGGGCCCUGUGUGCGGGGCAGGCACGUCGGGAAGGGGUGUCGCAGUGUACCCGGAUUACACACAAGGAUGUCCGACAUCCCAGUUUGUUGUAUGCACUGCAGAUGGACCUAUGCCCGGUCUCUCUUGUCCUCAAGGUCUCUUCUACAACGGCGCCAUCAAAAGCUGCGACUACAUCGACAACAUCGUGUGCAGCAAAAAUGUGCCGGCGUUCCAAGCCAAGUCUGUUGUUUGAAGAUAGCAAGCUGGUAAUUCAUUCAUAGUGACGCAGACAGCCGAAAAAUACAAUCACUAAAGCAUCAUGCCGCACUCAUCAACUAAAUCCAUUUUCAUCAUAUUCCUGUUUACUGUUUUCACUUUGAGAAACUUCGCUUCCGUGCUAUAAAACAACAGCGAGUGAUAUUUGGCGGGAAUUGGGGAAACACUUUUCCACUGAGUCCAUGACAUGAUAGUAGGUGUCCUUGGGUUGUUUACUUCUCUGUACUAGUAGUAUGACUGGACAGUGGAUUCGUGCAUAGACAUGACUGUCAGGUCGAAAUGCUUAACUUUUAGAAAAGUAAUAUUUUGAUUCAGCACUCUAGAGGCAGUGAAUGUGACCAUUUAUCUUUAUUUUUUAAACUUUAGACAUUUUAAAAUAAAAAUUUUCAUU